ACAAAAUUUGUACAUGGAGAAAAUCCUAACAUAACAAAAAUUGAGUCACUCUUGGCGUAAAUUGAAAAGCAAAUGAAAACAAUUUUGACAACAGUAUGUCACAUACCGAACGACGCUUUCAUUAAAAUCAACCACUAAGUGACAGCUUAAAUUUAUGAAGUAAAGUAAAAUAAAACAAAAUAAUAAACAUUUAUAAGUUUAUAUACUGUAUUAUUGAAAUUGCAAUUUGCAAGAAACAAUCCAAGAAACAAAUUAAUCAAUAUUAUAGUUUAGCAUUAUCUAUAAAAUGACUGUCUUGUCCAACGAUCAAAGAGAACAUUUAAAUUUCUUGCGGGAUAAAUCUGCUGAAAUAUUGUUGGACUUUUGUAAAUUGGCUGUAGAAUACUUUAAUAGUGGGCCAAACAAAAAGAAGUAUUCUGCACUAGGAGGAAAACUCAAUACUACUCAUCUCACUGUACAAAAUAGUGUUGAAGCUUUGCUUUGUUUACUGGUCGAUUAUUGCAAAUCUUACGGUUCGGAAUCUGAUUUUAUUGAAAAUCUCCGAAAUUUUGGUUUUACAUCAGAACAAAUACCUAUUCUAUGCCAAUUAGUAUCAAGCAAAAGUCAAAUCAUAACAACUAUACUAACAAGAUUAAAUAACCUUAACUAUAGAUUUACAGAUCUAGAGUGGCGAUUGGAUAUGAAAGUCUCUUCGAGAAGUCUUUUAAAGCAAGUUACUCCCAUAAUUGUUAUAAGGAUACAUAUGGAUAAUGAGCCAAGAGGAGAAAAUAGAACUGUGCUAAAAAAGAACGUUGCUGAAGCUAGUCAUACAAAGAAACAAGUUAUUUUUCAAACAGAUCCCAACAAUCUUCGUCAAUUAAUAGACGUUCUGGAACAAGCUCUUUUAGUUUCUCGAACUAUAAAAGCUUAAAAAGUACAUAUAAUUAUUUUUAUCUAUAUUAUACUACUGUAAUAGUUAAACUUUUUCAAAUUUUAAAUUUAAAAUAUUUGCAAUUUUAUCUGGUAUAAAAUUACGAUUCGCAUUCAAGUUAUGCUUUAUUUUUAUGAUUUUCAUUUUCAAAAUAUACAAUAGAAUAAUAUUCUCCAGAUUUUACUUUGGAGUUAUCAACAUUUUGAUUCGAAUAAGAACGAUCGACAUAAAUUUUGUUGUA